GGAAAACUAAUGGUGUCACCCAGAGUGUUUUUACUUCACUGAGUUUCCAGCAUGCUGUUUCAUGUCAUUCUUGCGGAUGAUGACAUCCGGAGAGUCCAGAUUGAAAGUCUUCCUGAGACAGUGGAUGAACUGAUGACUAUACUCCAGAACAGGCUUGAUCUAGAGGGUGAUAUUGUUGUCCAAUUUAAAGAUCCAGAGUUCAAUGAACUCUGCAACUUGACUGAAAUGUCUGACCUACCAACAGAGAGACCAAGGCUGAAGGUAAUAGUAAAGGAACCACCCAAUAUGCCUACUUCUGCAGCCUUGUUGGACGGUAGUUGUUCUGAAACAGCCGCUGGGACCUCAGCAUCCUCUGCAUGUCCUCCGUCAACCUCUCGCUACAGACACUGGCCUGACCCAUUUAUCAUACCUACUUUCUCUUACUAUGUAGAACUAAAGCUCAAAAAAGGCAAUGAGACGUAUAAAAGAAAUGGUUCUCUACUGACUGUUAAUUCUGCUAUGAAGAGGGACAUACUCGACAAGGUAGCAAGUGCUAUGUAUGAGUACAAUGCAUAUCCAACAACCAAGCAAAUUGAGGAUGUUGCUCAAGUCCUCAUCGAAAAGCAUCCCUGUUUGAGAGAGCCAGGAUCUACCCAUGGGUGGUACUGCUGGAAGUUCAGCCUCGCUUUUAAAAUGGGUAACCUCCGUCAGAAAUAUCGUAUUGCAGGAUGCCCAGAGCUUACAAUCAAUCAUAAGAGGUCUACAGGCACAUCAUUGGGUAAAAAAAUGAAGAAAGCAAAACGGUCAGAGCUGAACUUUUUGCCAGAUUUUCCGGAUGGGAAGUCUUCUGACUGCCUUGAAGGUGAGAGAUUAACUUUGAUGGAAGAAAUUAAGAAAAAGAAGAGAGACAGGAAAAUUAUAGAUUCUCUGAUGGAGAGCACCUUUGCCUUGCGAAGGAAGGAGAUUGUUCAUGGUGAACCUCUUGUGUCUGAAAUCAAAGACAGAUGGCCUGCACUGUUUUUAAAAAAACAGAUUGGUGCUGAGUUUAUGCGCCUGGUUUCUACUGAUCUCCAGCAGUCUUUCUUUGAUGGACUUGACAAAUAUGUCCCAAGACUGUUACAGAUGUACAGAGUGCGAACUAGUAGCAGUUCUGACCUGCGCAGUCUCCUUGAACCCCUUGAUGCACAAGUAAGGAUGAUUUUAUUUUGUUUGAUCACAGUACCUUAACCAAAAAAACAACACUCUGUCUCUUGUAGAAGUAGGUAAUCAUUGUUAGAGGUUGACUGAUGUGUGUU